UCCCGGCACCCACUGCACCGCAGAGCCGCCCCUUACCCGGGCCCCCGCUGCCCCCAGCCCCGGUUCCGGCGCUCUCCCCCGGCCCGGCCCCUUCCGCCGCCGCCGCCAUCGGCCCGCCCGGCCAUGCAGCGGGGGGCGACCCCCGAGGUGACAUUCGAGGAGGUGGCCGUGCACUUCUCCCGCGAGGAGUGGGCGCAGCUGGCGCCCUGGCAGCGGGCGCUGCACCGGCAGGUCAUGUGCGACAACUACGACAUGGUGGCCAGCCUGGACCCCAACUCCAAGUUCCCCCACAUGAAGGAGGAGUCACACGGGGAGGCGCCCUGCCCUGGGGAGCACAGCGGAGAUAGCGACAGCAGCGACACCACCGACAGCUCAGGUGCCUGGAGCAGCUCUGACAGCAAGGAUGGCACCGGGGGACGCUGGCAGUCGGGCUCCGGUGUCCCCCGCUCCGGCUGCCGUGACACCGCGCGGGGCCGCCGUGCCAGGGCCCUCUCCCGGCCGGUACCGGCGGCCUCGGGGCUCCUCAGCGGCGGCAGCGGCGGGGCCGAGGCGCCCCCGGGCCGGCCGUACGUGUGCGGCACCUGCGGCAAAUCCUUCCGGCACCGCCACAGCCUCCUGGCGCACAAGAAGCUGCGCCGGGGGAACCGGGCCCGGCACGGCUGCGCCGAGUGCGGCCGCAGCUUCUGCCUGCGCGGGGACCUGCUGCGGCACCGCGGCUCGCACCGGGCCCCGCGCUGCCCGGACACGGCGCCGGGACCGGACGGGGAGCGGCCCUUCGUGUGCGGCCCGUGCGGGAAGAGCUUCAGCGGGAGGGAGAGGCUGGUGCUGCACCUGCAGCAGCACCGCGCCCAGCCGUGCCCCGAGUGCGGCCGCGUGUUCCUGCACGGCGGGCACCUCUCCCUGCACCGCCGCGGCCACUCGGGCCUGCAGCCCUUCCCCUGCGCCCGCUGCGGCCGCGCCUUCGCCACGCGGGCCAGCCUCAGCUCCCACCGCAGGACGCGGCGGCAGUGCCGGGCCCGCGGGGACGGGAACAAGGACAGGGACAAGGGUGGGGACACCCGCGGGGACGGGGACAGGGGCGGCCGCAGGGACAGGGACACCCGUGGGGACGGGGACAGGGACAGCAACAGGGACAGCCACAGGGACAGGGACCCUCAUGGGGAUGGGGACAGGGACAGGGACACCCGCGGGGACGGGGACAGCCACAGGGACCCUCGUGGGGACAGGGACAGCGUCAGAGACAGGGACAGUGACCCUCGGGGGGACAGGGACACCCGCAGGGUCGGAGACAAGGAUAGGGACGCCCGCGGGGACGGGGACAGCCACAGGGACCGGGACCCUCAUGGAGACAGAGACUCCCGCGGGGACAGGGACAGGGACAGGGACCCUCGUGCGGAUGGGGACAGGGACAGGGACGCCCGCGGGGACAGGGACAGGGACAAGGGUAGGGACACCCGCGGGGACGAGGACAGCCACAGGAACAGGGACCCUCGUGGGGACAGAGACCCCCACGGGGACAGGGAUAGGGACAGGGACCCCUGUGGGAACAGGGACCCGCUCAGGGAUAGGGACAUGGAUAGGGACCCCUGCGGGGACAGGGAUGGGGAUGGAGAUAGGGAUGGGGAUAGGGACUCCCGUGGGCAUGGGGACCCACUCAGCGAUAGGGUGAUGGGUGAUAGGGAAGGGGAUGGGGACCCCUGUGGGGAUGGGGACUCGCUCAGGGACAGGGAGCCCUGUGGAGACGGGGACCCCCUCAUGGGCGGGGACCUGCUCCAUGAGAGGCACCGUCACAGUGAUGGGGCCGUGCUUGGGGACAGGGACCCCCUCGAGGCCAGGGACGUGCUCAGGGCUGGGGAGGCCCUCGGGGACAGGCAGCUCCCGGCGGGUGCCCAGCGGUAGCCAGGCCAUCCCGGUGGCCCGCUGGGUGUGGCCCCGGUGGGUGUGACCCCCGCUGGGUG